AUGGUGGCUACGGCACGACCACUGAGGGCGGGCGGUGAGACUGCCGGACACUACACCACGGGUGGUGGCUACGGCACGACCACGGAGGGCGGCGAGACUACCGAACACUACACUACUGAUGGUGGCUACGGCACGACCACUGAGGGCGGUGAGACUGCCGGACACUACACCACGGGUGGUGGCUACGGCACGACCACGGACGGCGGCGAGACUACCGAACACUACACUACUGAUGGUGGCUACGGCACGACCACUGAGGGCGGUGAGACUACUGGACACUACACCACGGGUGGUGGCUACGGGACCAGCACGGAGGGUGGUGAGACUACUGGACACUACACGACUGAGACAACGGCUGAUUACCAGACUGGGGAUUAUGACACUGCUGGUGAGGAAGAGGGUACCCCCGGCACACUGGAGCCUGGAGCUGAUGAACCUUGUGAAGAGACUGAAGCACCCGCUGAACAGACCGCUUAUGGAUCGAGCACGGAUGGCCCCACUGAGGAGACGACAGAGCCUGAGACGGAAAAACCUUGCAGUACGGAUGCUUCCGAAGAAGGUACUACCCAGCCAACGACGGAAUCACCAACAGACGAGGUCACGACGGAGCCGACAACGAAUGAGCCCACAGGUGAAGUGACCACGGGACCUGCCACUGAUGGGCCUACCGGUGAAGUGACCACAGAGCCUGCCACGGACGGACCUACCGGUGAAGUAACCACAGAGCCUGCCACGGAUGGGCCUACCGGUGAAGUGACCACAGAGCCUGCCACUGAUGGACCUACCGGAGAAGUGACCACAGAGCCUGCCACUGAUGGACCUACCGGUGAAGUGACCACGGGGCCUGUCACGGAAGGACCUACCAAUGGACCGACGGAUGCUCCGACUGAUGCGCCGACCGACGUGCCAACGAGCUCGCCGUGUUCUAGACAAGCCACAAACGCUAUUUCCGUGGAGCUGCAAGUGCGCUACAUCAACCUCGAUAUCAUUUCCGCGACGGCAGGUAUCGGAGAUUCGCAGACGUGGCUAUCGUGCUGCGAGGCGUGCUGGGUUGACGAUGCGUGUGCAGUGUUCAGCUUUGAGCAAGUGCUUGUGGCUAACCUGUGCGUAUUGUCGCGUUCGGCGUCAGGCCGCACGAUAGGACUGCCCAAUUGGCAGUCGGGAAACAUCAUUGACAUUCGUGCUGGAGUAUUGUAA